GGCACUCGGGCGCGCCGGAGGAUCGAGUGACGGCGGUGCCGGCGCGGCUCGCCCGCCGCCGCCGCUGCCCUCCGGCGGGGGCUCCCCAGCCGCGACAGGCGGAGGCGCAGGGCAUCGGACGGCGAGGAUAGGCGCCGAGGAUGUGCAGCUCCUGCUGGGGCGGCGUCGCCCAUGUGCUGUGGUUGUGCCGCAGGGCGGAGGAUCACGACGAGAAGCGCAAGGACUUCGAGUUCAAGGUGGCUUUCUUGAAGAAGGUGCCCCUGCUGAUGAACCACUUGCCUCGGUCGGAGCUUCCCAAGAUGGCGAACUCGCUGACGUCGCGCGUGUGGAGGCCAGGGCAGACGUUGGUCUCCCAAGGCGACACGGGGAAGGCGCUCUACCUGAUCCAGUCCGGGGUGGCGCUGGUGUACGUGAGAGAGGCCGCCUCGCGGCCGCCCGAGCUCAGGUGCACGCUGAAGUCUGGUGACUACUUCGGUGGCCACACCCUGCUCACCUCGCGGCCGAACAUCGCCACCAUAGUCGCGGGGCAGUCCGAGGAGGGGUGACCUGGUGACCCUCUCGAUGUCGCGGGGCGUGUUCGAGGAGUCCGGCCUGAAGAGGUGGCUCCACUUCCCGAAGCGCCCCGCGCUCUACCAGGCCCCGAGGAAAACGAGAGCGGGGCCGCGAAGGCCGCGAAGGCGACGAAGAAGUCGCCGCUGGAGGAGCGGGUCAUCCGGAAGGCUCUGCUGGAGAACGCCAACCUGCGCGCGUUCGUGAAGCUCGAGCCGGAGCAGAUGGACGGGCUCGUCCAGUCGGCCGAGCGGCGCGAGGUCGGUGCCGGCACCGUCAUCGCGAAGCGCGGCGAGGCGGCCAACGAGCUCAUCAUCGUGUGUAG